AUGACGAGAACGGUACGGAGUAGCGGCUCGAAGAACAGCGGUUCAAAGAACAGCAGUUCAAAGAACGACGAUUCAAAUAAUACCAGUAAUACACGAUCGUAUCAAUUGCAAUUCCAGGAGUUGCAGGAUAUUCUGGAUCAGGAGUCGGAGAAAUUGAUACAUUUAAAGACAUCGUAUAUUCAACAGAAUGUCGCGAUUGCUAAGGAGAAUUCUUUGUUAAAAAUUAAAUUGAACGAAAUGGAGACAAAAGUUAGUGGGUUGAUCCAGGAGAAUGUUGCUGUAAGAUCACAUUUGAGUAUGGCACAAUUGAAAUAUAAACAACAAUUGACCGAUAAAUUACAAAAUAUGGAACAAGAUUUACUUUUACGAUUUCAAUCUAUUCUAGAUAUGUUUCAACAAGUUAGAGUCCAAGAAAAUUUACCCGCUGGUCACUCCCUAAAGAAUGCUCUGCGUUCUACUGUAAUGCAAUUACCACCAUCAUCAUUGCCAACAUCGAAAGACUCACAUACAGUGCAUACAACACUUUCAGGACCUUCCUCGGCUUCUUCUUCCUCAGUGUCACCUUCGGUGAACUCCACAUCCUCAAGAAAGAGAAGGAAAAGUUCAAGGAGACAAUCAAUGUUUGUUCCAAGCGAUUUUGAGUUCCCUGUUGAUAAUGAUCUCCCAAUAGAAAAUAAUAAUACAGAUGGUAUGAACUGUGAAGAAUCAAUUGUUUCGCUACAAAACCAAGAUCAUGGAAAUGUUCCUGAAGAACAAAUUAAUGAUGAAACAGAUUUUACAAAUUCGAUUAUAGAUUACUCUAUACCUGAAGAAAAUGAUGCGAAGAGAAAUAAUAGGACUGAGAUGAUGGCUUUAUCACGAGAUUCGUAUAAACCUUUACCUACAUCUUUUAUCGUUUCUUCUACCGCUCCUCCUUCUUCUUCUUCGUUAUCUUCUUCUUCUAUAUCCACAUCUGCAACUAAACUUAAUGUGUUUAAAGAUGAUGAGAAAGAUAUAAUUGAUAAUGAAGAAAAUAAUAAUAGUAAUACAGCUAUGAAGCAUUCUAUUAGACCACCAAGAAUAAAAAACAAGAAAAGAAAGAUUAUAGAUGAAAAAAUGCCUGUAUCAAAAUAUCCAGAAAUAGACUCGUCAACAAGAAGAACAAGAGGGAAAACAGUGGACUAUAAAUUACCAUCAUUACGUUCAAAAAUGAGAAGACCGUCAGAAAAAUUUGUUGAUGCUAUAACAACUAUUAAUAUUAAGGAUUUACAGGUAAAUAAAAGAAAACGUAAAAGUAAUAAUAAUGAUGAUAAUAAUCCCGUACCUGAAGAUGAAAUUGUUUCUCUAACUUCUGCUAUACAAACUACUUUGAAAAAUGAUAUCCCUGUCGAUACCCCAAGUACUUCCUCUUCUCCAUCGUCGUCUAUGUUGAAGGAUACGAUAUUUAAGAAAAAACAAUUAAUACAACCAAAAAGUUCGUCUCCAUUGGUAGAUAAAGAUAUCAACAAGAAAAGACCAUCUUCGCAAAAGAAGAAAUUGUUUAAACAUGCAAUUAUUAAUGACCUAAAUGACGAAAUGACGACUGAGUCGAGUGCUAACUCCUCGAGAGCAAAUAAAUCCGUAAGUUUCAGGUUAAAUGAGGAAGAUCUUUCCGUGUUUGAUUUGAUUCCAACCAAGACUGCAACUCCAAAAACUUAUAAAAAUACUAAUAGUAACAGUGGAGGUGGUAACAUUAAUAAUAGUUCCACAACAAGCAAAAUUUCUAGAUUAUGA